GCUGUAAGCUCAAUGAAGCCCAACAUGGAUACCACAAAUUGUAUCCUAGUCCAAGAUGUUAAAUCACAACCCCAUGAUUUACAUGGCAAUGCAAAGACAAACAUACUCAACGGCAAUAGUUUACAACCGACGGCAUAUCCCACAGAAGAAUCAAUACAGACCAGUACCCUCGAUCAUAGUUCAAGCAUUGGCUUGGGCGGCAUGAUGUCGGGUGGCUUCCAGAAUUUGGCUCCCUCGCUGCAGUUGCAACAUCAACAACAGCUAUUGCUACAGCAACAACAACCACACUCUAUCAAUCAGCAAAUUGGCGGCGGACUGGGCAUUAACAGCAACAUAAUGUUGGGUCAGGAUGCCACAUUGCCGCAUCUGCAGGACCAAUCGUAUACGGCACAACAACAACAGCAGCAGCAUCAUCAUCAACCUCUCUUAAAGUGGCCACAGGUAGUCGAACUGAAGGAUUUCAAUGAGUUGUAUCAUGCCAAUAUACCCGCGUAUCAAUUCUGGACAUUGGAAUUCCGUAACAAACAUCCCGCUUUUGUUCGUUUCAAUUUCACCCUGCCCUGGGGCGCGAAUUUUGCCGUUUAUUCACGUCGCAAUGUAGCACCAUCUGUAACACAAUAUGAUUUUGUUGAAUUUAUCAAAGGCGGUCGUGUCGAUAGCCAUUUGAGGCAUAGACGUAAUGCACGCUCGCCGGCAAAUGAUAGCAUUUAUGCUGCUUUGCACAAGGAUCUGGAGACGGAGAAUGGUGAUUUAUCAAUGGAAACAUCCGCAGAACAUUUGCAACGUUUAUCUGUCGCGGCAAGGCGACAUUACUUUAAUGAUGGCAAUGGGAAUGAUAACGAUGGCGAUGGCUUUGAAUCCGACGAUGAUGAGAAUGGCUACGAUGAUGCUGAUGCUGACAAUGGCGAUUCAUUUGAAUCGUCCUCGGCAUCAUUUGAAUAUGCGGGAGAUGUUGAAACACCGUUGGACACGGGUAAACAAUAUGCCCAACGUUUAAGAUAUCGCCAACAUCGUGAUAAACGUUCCGCCGCGGGCAUGGAUGGUGGUCUGCCCGCGCUCGAUAUGGACACAAUGAUGGUGAACGUCUCACUGUUACAAUAUUUGGACACCGGCUUAUGGUUUAUAUCCGUUUACAAUGAUGAAUUGGUCUCACAUUCGGUAACGUUGAUUGUCGAAGAAGCUGAGGGCGUUAGCACAACUUGCCCCAAUGAUUGUUCCGGUCGUGGCAGUUGCUAUUUGGGUAAAUGCGAUUGCAUUGAUGGCUAUCAGGGUGUUGAUUGUUCGAAAAGCGUUUGUCCAGUAUUAUGCUCAGCUCAUGGUCACUAUGGCGGUGGUGUAUGCCACUGUGAGGAGGGCUGGAAGGGCUCUGAAUGCGAUAUACCAGUGGGUGAAUGUGAAGUGCCGAAUUGUUCAAGUCAUGGCCGGUGCAUUGAAGGUGAAUGCCACUGUGAACGUGGCUGGAAGGGACCUUUUUGUGAUCAACACGAUUGCCUGGAUCCAUUAUGUUCAAGUCAUGGUACAUGUGUGGCUGGCCAAUGUUAUUGUAAGGCCGGUUGGCAAGGUGAAGAUUGUGGCACCAUUGAUCAGCAGGUAUAUCAAUGUUUGCCUGGUUGUUCGGAGCAUGGUACAUAUGAUUUAGAGACUGGUCAAUGUGUGUGUGAACGUCAUUGGACUGGACCGGAUUGUUCGCAAG